UCCCGUCUCCAUCUCACUCAGCGGCGGCUGUGGGCAACAGAACCCUAGCGAGUGAGGCGGGGGCGCGGUGCAGCGCCGCCUCCUCCCUCCCUCCCAAUCUCCUCCCUCGUCUCCCUCCCUCCCAGUCUCUUUUCCGUCCAUGGACAGUGGCCGUGCCGACUAGGUGAGUGGUGGCAGCGCCAUGGAGCGCGGCCGCACAACUUCGAUGUCGGGGCAGGUGGGUUCAGGCGUUGAACGGCUCCACGGGAGCAGCAGUAUGCAGCACAUCCAGUCGGGCUCGGGCAGCGCCCUGGCGCCGGACGCACGCGCUGGCCUCCGGCAAGCUGGACAUGGUGAUGGAAGUGCACCCUAUCUUAAUAGGGUGAGCAUUGAUGAUUCCAGAAGGAGGGAAAAUGUCAACCCCGACAAUGAAGAUGACAUUCUGAUGGGGAAUGAUUCAGCUCCAAGAGAGACAAUUUGGAAAGUAGGAAAGCCUCUCAUCUUGGAAGGAAGGACAAUGGCAGGAAAAGGAAGAGGGUAGAGGAAGAAGAGGACGACUACAAUGAUAGUGAGCAUGAAUGAUGAAGAAAAUGACGAGCUGGAAAUUGAUGAUGACGAUGAUAGCCAUGAUGAUGGUGCAAGUCAAUCUGAUGGAGGAGAUUCGGCAAUGCAAGUUGAAAAGGAUUUACCAAGCCAAGUUGGAAACAAUGUUGAGGUAACAAGUGAUUUGCCAUUUAUGCGCUUUAUUAUAUUCUGUCAUAAACAUGUGAUGUUUGCUUUAGUCCAUAUGAUUUUAUAUGUUGUUUCAAUUGGGGCUGCCAUCUAUUAAUUAUCGUUUCUGCCAUCUACUUGUGAUGUUUAUAUAAUUCACAAUGCUUUAGUCCAUAUGAUUCUAUAUGGUGUUUCAAUUGGGUCUGCCAUCUAUGAGUUGUUGCUGCCAUUUACUUGUAAUGUUUAUAUAAUUCACAAUGCUUUAGUCCAUCUGAUUUUAUAUGUUGUUUCAAUUGGGCUGCCAUCUAUGAGUUGUUGCUGCCAUCUACUUGUAAUGUUUAUACUCCCUCCGUCCGGAAAUACUUGUCAUCAAAAUGUAUCUAGACAUAUUUUAGUUCUAGAUACAUCUCUUUUUAUCCAUUUUGAUGACAAGUAUUUUCGGACGGAGGGAGUAUAAUUCACAAUGCUUUAGUCCAUCUGAUUUUAUAUGUUGUUUCAAUUGGGGCUGCCAUCUAUGAGUUCUUUUUGCCAUCUACUUGUAAUCUUUAUAUAAUUCACAUUGUUUUUGUCCAUAUGAUUUUAUAUGUUGUUCCAAUUGGGGCUGCCAUCAAUGAGUUGUUGAUUCUGCCAUCUACUUGUAAUGUUUAUAUAAUUCACAAUCCUUUAAUUGCAAGGUUAAGCGGCAUGGGAGCAAAAGAGCUUUUGGUUUGAUGAAGACUAACAGGUGGAUGAACAGGAAGUCCGAAGUGAAGGUCUCUGUUCGAUUCAAUACUUUUGGUGCAAGACUGAAAAGUUGAAGAACAAGAAUUCAGAAUUGAACUUUCUGUUUGUAUUUUGGGGUCGGUAUAAUUGAACUUUGAAUGCCGUGUUAAAUUCAUUGUGGACUGUAAUUCUGAACCGUUAUGAUGCUCACUUCGACUCUUAGUAUCUGAACUAUUAAGUCGCAUGUUACUCAUAGUAUCUGAAAUAUUUAGUCGCAUGUUAAUCUGGA